AUGCUGAAUUUGAAAGUGGCCUUUUUUUUAAGCGUCUGCAUUUUAUUGUUCCCCCUGUAUAGUGCCAAGAGGGAUGCACAAUCAAAUGAAGACACACCUGGUGCUUCGUCCCAUUUGUAUAUGUCAUUAGAAGGGAAGCAAAUAAACCCACGGGUUUGGGAAAAUGGCCAAACGGGCAGACUGUUUGGCGGUAGUGCAAAUAAAGUGAAUGACAAUAACGAAGGAAAGCCCCAAUUCUCCCUUCUUUUUUGUGCUAGCAAAGGAGUCUCCUGCGAGGGAAACAACCUCCCCAGUCAAAACAGGUGUACCUUUCGAGAAUACCAAAAUGCGAAUCGAUGUAGUAGCGCCCAUGACAGAAUGAUCCAACUGAAGGAUGUCUGUCCUUAUCGCUCCAGCGAUGGUAAUUCAUCCCCCUUUUUACACACAAAUGGAGGAACCAUGAAACAGACAAGCAAGGGGGGUAAACACAAAUUCGAUCAUCUGCUUCUUCAUUUGAGAAAUAUCAUACCCUCUGAAAUGACACAGAAAAAGGAGAUGACGCAAAGAAGGCAUAAAAACUGCAUGACAAUUAGGGAUAGUGUAAAAAAUAAAUCCGUUUAUAAAUUUUUGGAGGACGAAAGUAUGAAGCGAAAUGUAGGGACCUAUCACACAUGGUACGAGGAAGAAACUGCUAGACUGUUUUCUUACCAAGAGGAGGUAAAAAGAAUGAUGAGUGUGGUGAGAAAAAGCCGAAUAUUAGUUGAGGCAUGUACCCUGGACUGUGGGAAUAACGGUACAUGUGAAAUGAAUUCAGGACUUCAGUACUGCCAUUGCAAACAGGGUUAUUCAAUGGAUAUAAAAGAUAACUUUAUGUGUAAAGAACACUGUGCAGUUAAUAAUGGGGGGUGCGAUCCGAAUGCGACGUGCACGCCUGUAAAACCUGAAGAUGAAAAAGAAAAAGGAGUCAUAAAAAACGUUGGUGUUCUUUGCACAUGUAAAAAUGGCAACACGAAGCAUAUGGGAUAUUACUGCAACUAG